GUCCAAGGCCACAGAUACACAGAGCUGCCAUGUUCAAGUUUGAUAUGCUCACAAAGAAAGUCGACGAGUUUAGCUCCAAGUCACUGCUCGACGCCGUCCGCGCCGGCAAGCUCGACAAGGUCGGCGCCUGGUUAGGACGAGGCGGCGACCCAAAUACAGUCGACGAGAAGGGCGAGUCCAUCUUGUUUAUGGCUGCGGCCAAGGGCUACGAUGGCAUUGCACAAAAGAUCGCGGCGGCCGGCGGCAACGUCAACUUUACCGACCGCUACGGCGCCACCCCGCUCUUUGUCGCGGCCACCAAGGGCCACACGUCGGUGGUGGCGCUCCUCCUCGCGCAGCCCGGCAUCGACAUCAACACACAGACCGUGGAAGGCAACACACCGGUCUUUAUGGCCAGCUGGCUCGGCCACGUCGCGGUCGUCGACCUCCUCAUCGAUGCCAACGCCGACUUGACCAAGUUUGACUCGAUGGCGGCGACGCCACUGCACAUUGCGACCGAGUACGGCCACGAGAACAUCGUGGGCCUCCUGCUCGAGGCCGGCGCAAGCCCCAACCAGCCCAACCGCGACGGACGCACACCCGUGUUUAUGGCGGCGUGGCACGGCCACAUCGGAAUCGUCAAGCGCUUUAUCCGCGCCGAAGCCGACAUCAACAAGUGCGACGAUACCAACCGGACACCGCUGUUCAUGGCGGCAUGCCACGGCCACGACGAGAUCGUCGCGCUCUUGAUCCAAGCCAACGCCGACAUCAACAAGUGCAACCAGGACGAGUCGACGCCGACGCUCAUAUCAGCCGAGAAGGGCCGCGAAGAAGCCGUCAAGCUCUUCAUUGCGGCGCACGCCGACAUUAACAAAGGCGACAAGAACGGGUACUCGCCCAUCUUCAUGGCCGUGCUCAACAACCACGCCAACAUUGUGCACCUCCUCGUUGAAGCCGACGCCGACAUUUACAAGCCCAACAACGUCGGCAAGACGCCGCUCAUGGUCGCGAUGGAGCGCAACCACGAAGCCAUCUGCGCCAUGCUGCUGGAGGCGGGCACGCGCGACCGCAAGUCGCUUCUCCAAGCCGUUGUCGACGGCAACUUUGAGCUCGCGUCCAAGCUACUGGCCAAGGGCGUGGACCCGAACGUGAUCAACGACGAGACGGGCGAGAGCGUCCUCUUCUCGGCCGUCUCGAAAGGCUUCGAAGGCAUGGUGUCGCAGCUCGUGGCCGCCGGCGCCGACGUUGACCAAACCGACGCGAGCGGACGCACGGCCAUCUACGUGGCGGCCAGCAAAGGCCACGCCAACAUUGCGCAGAUGCUCUUGCGCGGCGACUACAACCAAAGCGACGCGGAGGGCCGGUCCCCGCUCUUCAUGGCCGCGCUCAACGGCCACAAGACGAUCGUCGAGCUGCUGUUGCUCGUGCGCGCCGAGAAGAACAAGGUCAACCACGUCGGCGACUCGCCCAUGCACGCCGCCGUCAGCAGCGGCCACCUCAACAUCGUCAAAAUGCUCGUGGAGGCCGAGGCCAACUUUAGCAUCACCAACCUCGCGGGGAAGACGCCGUUGGACAUUGCGAGCGAGAAGCACCACCAGGCGAUUGUCACGCUUCUCACGGACGCGGCGGCGGCGGACCGCCUGCGUUUGAUCAAAGCGGCGACGGACGGCGACGUGGCGCUCAUGACGCUUCUCCUCGGCAAGGCCACGAGCCCUAACCUCCUCAACGACGAUGUCGACAGCGUGCUGUUCGUGGCGACGACCAAAGGGCACCAGACGAUCGUGCAAAAGCUGAUUGCCGCCGGCGCCGACGUCAACUUUGUCAACAAGGAGGGGCGCUCGCCGCUGCUGGUCGCGUCUCAGAUUGGGCACCGCCCGAUUGUGGUGCUGCUCAUUCGCGCCAAGGCCGUGAUUGCCCACAGCGACAAGAACGGCCACUCGGCGAUCUUUGAAGCCUCGGCCCACGGCCACGACGCGGUUGUUGGCAUGCUCAUCACGUGCGGCGCCGACGUUGACGCCACGACGAUGGAUGGCGUGUCGCCGCUCUUUAUCGCAGCCACUCGGGGCCACACGGCUGUCGUCAACUUGCUCUUGGCCAUGGGCGCCGCCAACGACGUCCACGACCAGAACGAGUGCACGCCCCUCUUCCUCGCCGCAUCCAAGGGCUAUGCGCCGAUCGUCGACUUGUUUGUCCAAGCGGGCGCCGACUUCGGCUUCAGCAACAAGGUGGGCAUCACACCGUUGUACAUUGCUCGGAAGCGCGGCCACCGUGCGGUCGUCAAGAUUCUCCACGACGCCGACACGAAGCUGCUCCAAGACGUGCGCGACGAGGACAUUGUGGUGUCGAGCAUCGUGCUCGGCCGCGGCGGCCAAGGCGUCGUGUACAAGGGCAAGUGGCACACCCAAGACGUCGCUGUCAAGACCGUGCUCAACACGGACGGCCUCGACUCGCUCCGAAAAGAGAUCGAGACCAUGCGCCGGUGCAACUCGCCGUACAUUAUCAAGAUGAUUGCGGUCCUCGAGCAAAAGCUGGACGAACCCAAGCUCGUGCUCGAGUACAUGAACAGCGGCGACCUCAGGAGCUACCUCGACAAGAAGCGCACGCAUGCCCCGGUGGACGUCGAGUUUUCCAAGCUCGAGCUCGCUUGGGCGAUCGCCAACGGCGUUCUGGACCUUCACGAGCAAAACAUUCUGCACCGCGACUUGAAGGCCUCGAACGUGCUCCUCUCGACGACCAACUAUAUCAAAAUCGCCGACUUUGGCAUCUCCCGCGACCUUGGCACCGAGACGCUCACGAUGGGCAUCGGCACCUCGUACUGGAUCGCGCCCGAGGUGUUUGAUGGCCACUAUGGCUUUCCCGCCGACAUUUACUCGCUCGGCGUCAUCCUCACCGAGCUCGACACGCUCCAAGCGCCGUACGCGAACCUGAACCUCAAGUUUAUGACGAUCCUCGACCAAGUGCGCUCCGGGAAGCUUCGGCCCGAAGUGAGCCCCGAGUGCGACGAGUGGUACGCCGACCUCGCCAACUGGUGCCUCCAGCACAAGCCCGAGGACCGUCCGACCGCCGCCCAAGUGCUUGGCGUCCUCGAGAAGCAAAUGCGCGCCGUGUACCCCGAGUGCUAAACCUUGAUUUUGCUUUUUGCAUGCGACAAUUUUUAACUUUUUACUCUAACGCGACUACGUUUAUCUUUAUUAAAA